GCAGGCGUGCUGGCGGCGAGUCCCUGCGGCUCGGGAUGGAGGGCCUGGCAACCGCUGAUGUGCUGCUGCCUGUCACUGUAGAUUUGCCCUUUCUAGAAUCCUUCCAGUAGAAUGUCCUAUAUAAGUGGAAUCACACAGCUGAACGUUUGUUUUGCCUUUGUGUCUUGCUAUUCCUCUGAAGAACAGAAGGCACAUCUUAAACCCCGACACUUCCCCUGCAUUCCAUGAGAUUAUAGCAAAAUGGACAUACCAAAUCCCCCAACUUCCAAAUGUAUCACUUAUUGGAAAAGAAAAGUUAAAUCUGAAUACAUGCGACUUCGACAACUUAAACGGCUUCAGGCAAACAUGGGUGCAAAGGCUCUGUAUGUAGCAAAUUUUGCGAAGGUUCAAGAAAAAACCCGGAUCCUCAAUGAAGAAUGGAAGAAGCUUCGUGUCCAGCCUGUCCAGCUGAUGAAGCCAGUGAGUGGACAUCCUUUUCUCAAAAAGUGUACCAUAGAGAGCAUUUUCCCAGGAUUUGCAAGUCAACAUAUGUUAAUGAGGUCUCUGAACACAGUUGCAUUGGUUCCUAUCAUGUAUUCCUGGUCCCCUCUCCAGCAGAACUUUAUGGUAGAAGAUGAGACAGUUUUGUGCAAUAUUCCCUACAUGGGGGAUGAGGUGAAAGAAGAAGAUGAGACUUUCAUUGAAGAGCUGAUCAAUAACUAUGAUGGGAAAGUCCAUGGCGAAGAAGAAAUGAUCCCUGGAUCUGUCCUGAUUAGUGAUGCUGUUUUUCUGGAGUUAGUAGAUGCCCUGAAUCAAUAUUCAGAUGAAGAGGAAGAAGGGCACAAUGAUACCUCAGAUGGAAAGCAAGAUGACAGCAAAGAAGAUCUGCCAGUAACCAGAAAAAGAAAACGACAUACUAUUGAAGGCAACAAAAAGAGUUCCAAGAAACAGUUCCCAAAUGACAUGAUCUUCAGUGCAAUUGCCUCUAUGUUCCCCGAGAAUGGUGUCCCCGAUGACAUGAAGGAGAGGUAUCGAGAGCUGACAGAGAUGUCAGACCCCAAUGCACUGCCCCCUCAGUGCACGCCCAACAUCGAUGGCCCCAACGCCAAGUCUGUGCAGCGGGAGCAGUCUCUGCAUUCCUUCCACACGCUUUUUUGCCGACGCUGCUUUAAAUACGAUUGUUUCCUUCACCCUUUUCAUGCCACUCCUAAUGUAUAUAAACGCAAGAACAAAGAAAUCAAGAUUGAACCAGAACCAUGUGGUACAGACUGCUUCCUCUUGCUGGAAGGAGCAAAGGAAUACGCCAUGCUCCACAACCCUCGCUCCAAGUGCUCCGGUCGUCGCCGGCGAAGGCACCACAUGGUCAGUGCCUCCUGCUCCAAUACUUCCACCUCUGCUGUGGCUGAGACUAAAGAAGGGGACAGUGACAGGGACACAGGCAAUGACUGGGCCUCCAGUUCUUCAGAGGCUAACUCUCGCUGUCAGACUCCCACAAAACAGAAAGCGAGUCCAGCCCCACCUCAGCUUUGUGUGGUGGAAGCACCUUCGGAGCCUGUGGAAUGGACAGGGGCUGAAGAAUCCCUUUUUCGAGUCUUUCAUGGCACCUACUUCAACAACUUCUGUUCAAUAGCCAGGCUUCUGGGGACGAAGACAUGCAAGCAGGUCUUUCAGUUUGCAGUCAAAGAAUCACUUAUCCUGAAGCUGCCAACAGAUGAGCUCAUGAACCCAUCGCAGAAGAAGAAAAGAAAGCACAGAUUGUGGGCUGCACACUGCAGGAAAAUUCAGCUGAAGAAAGAUAACUCUUCCACACAAGUGUACAACUACCAACCCUGUGACCACCCAGACCGCCCCUGUGACAGCACCUGCCCCUGCAUCAUGACUCAGAAUUUCUGCGAGAAGUUCUGCCAGUGCAACCCAGAUUGUCAAAAUCGUUUUCCAGGCUGUCGUUGUAAGACCCAGUGCAAUACCAAGCAGUGUCCUUGCUAUCUGGCAGUGCGAGAGUGUGACCCUGACCUGUGUCUCACCUGUGGGGCCUCAGAGCACUGGGACUGCAAGGUGGUUUCCUGCAAGAACUGCAGUAUCCAGCGUGGCCUCAAGAAGCACCUGCUGCUGGCCCCCUCAGAUGUGGCCGGAUGGGGCACCUUCAUUAAGGAGUCUGUGCAGAAGAACGAAUUCAUUUCUGAAUACUGUGGUGAGCUUAUCUCUCAGGAUGAGGCAGAUCGACGAGGGAAGGUCUACGACAAAUACAUGUCCAGCUUCCUCUUCAACCUCAACAACGAUUUUGUAGUGGAUGCUACCCGGAAAGGAAACAAAAUUCGAUUUGCAAACCAUUCGGUGAACCCCAACUGUUACGCCAAAGUGGUCAUGGUGAAUGGAGAUCAUCGGAUUGGGAUCUUUGCCAAGAGAGCAAUUCAAGCUGGCGAAGAGCUCUUCUUUGAUUAUAGGUACAGCCAGGCGGAUGCCCUCAAGUACGUGGGGAUCGAGAGGGAGACUGAUGUCCUCUAGCCCUCCUGGGCCCCGCGCCAGCGCUUCUGGUAGCGGCACUCACUGCUUUCACGCACACACCACUGCUGCUCGAGUUUCCUGCACUGUGUGUCCCCCACACUGAGAAACCCCCACCCACUCCCUCUGUAGCAAGGCCUCGGUUGUGUCCAGUGGGGACAAACUGUCUCAUGACAGGGGGCAGAGGCAGCUGGGGUUGGGCUCCCAGGAGAGAGCUGCAGAGAUGGGAGACUGUGUCUGGCGCCAGAGGCAGAGAACACGGCUGGGGUGGGUGACUGUGCUUGCUUUCUUGUCAGCUACCCAGAGUGUGGCCUCAGAUAUCCACUUGGGCAGUUCCUAGCAAGCAUUACCCUCUAAUUCUAAUUUUCCAAAUCAAGGGUCCUGUUUAAUCAGGUUGCCAGCAUCUCUCUGUGGAGAGGACAGGCCAAGUAAAGUUUUAUGGAGCCUGUGAGUGGCCUGGGUUAAAGGCCAGCCUAGCCGGUAGCACAAACUGAAUGCAGAGGGGAAAUGGGUUGUCUUACUACCUCUUUCCUCCUGGCAGGGUUCAGACUGAAAGAGAAGUGGUUCUAAAUACAGCCAUUCAGCCCUGGGAGAAGGAAAGUGAAAUGCCAUUCUUUCAGUCAGAGAGGGCCAGCCUGACAACAGUAGUCAAACUGCUAGCUUGGGGCCCAGCCGGCUUGAGAACACCUUCUCUGUGUACCCUGGAGAUGGAUGGAUAAGCUUCAGAUUCCCCAGAGCAGGUGCCACGCCCUCUCCGCUCCUUCCAGAAUUCUGGUGUAGUGGCCACAGCCGGGUUUGUGCUGCUACUGAAGAGCCUUGGGGGGUGAGCACUCUGGUGGUUUGCAGGCUUUUCUCUCCCUUAGAGGCUAGGGUAGGUGGGCGCCAGCCUGGACUGGGGAGGGGCAGAGUGCUAGGACAUACUUUCCUGUCUGUCGUGCCUGCUGUUGGAAAGGGUGAAUUGACAGUGUUGGGAGGUAGGUGAGGGGCUCCCUGAUUCAUGUGUUUAUAUGACAUCACGUGCCGUGCAGAUUGGCCGCAAGUACUUGAAGCAUCAAGAAGCAGGCAGACCACCUGUCCCAAUCUGUGGUGCCGUUCCCUCUGGGAUUCAUGCAGAGCAAAGCACUUUAUUUCUUUUAGGUCUGUAGAUCGAGGUGGAGUUUGAGCUAAGGUCUUGGGUCCUUGCCUAAAUCCCAUCCCUGAGGGAGGUGGGAGAAGAGUGGAAGAUUCUUGUCCAGUUCUGUCUCAUCUCAUGGGGGAGUUAGGAGAAGCUGCCUUGCCACAGAAGAACUGGAUGAGUAGCGGCCAGGCUAAGGGCUGCCCGUGUCUCUGGCUGCUGCUUAGCGGGGAGUCAGGAGCAUGGUGCUGGGUUAGGGAGGUGGGCAGGGACAGGCUGGACACAGGCGUCCCUUCUCUCUGGAAAUUCAGCACCUCUCUUCCCUGAGUUUCUGCUGACCACUCCCUCCAGCCCCACUGGCUGUCCCAUGAAGCAGAUGGCAGGGUUGCCUCUGGCCAAGCUGUCACCUAGGGAUGUUCAUGGGACACACGCGCUCACCUGCUCUCACGCACCAUACUCGCAGGUGCACUUGCACUCAGCACCAGCCCAGCCAGCUCCUGACAGACCUCUUCCCACCUGACUGUUAGCCCCUGUGAUGAUUCUGGAAUCUGCACCUGCUGUGGUUUAUGUUAUGUAUGUUGGGGAUGCCCUGUAGCUGGACUGCAGGCUAGAAGGACAAAUCAGAGACAGAGGAGGAGUUAGGUCUGUCUGAAGUGCCAGGGGCUAGCCAUGAGGAGUAGGUGAGAAAAAAUGACAUCCAGCCUUUGAGAGGCUAGGCUGACCUCGCCCUUCCCUCAGCGUGCAGAAUCACUGUGGUGGACCCCCUCCCCUUUUCAGACCACUAAUAUUUCCCUUCCUUUUCCCCCCUCCACCCUGCCAUCCCUCACCUUUAAUGACGGGUCUCAACCCCUCCCCCCAGACAUGGAAUGAUGGAUGGAGCAAGGUGGUAGAGACUGGGGGGAGGCUGGUUUAUGUGCGGCUUUAUUGCCAGUGAAUUUCACGCACUUUAAAGUCUUGUGGCUUGUGACCUCUUAUCUGAAUAAAAUGGUAGAAUCCAUUUUGGCAAGUUGUAUACUGUGUGCUUUGAGUCCAGAAGGAUCCAGGGAUGGUGGUACAAGAACAGGCCAGGCUAAAGCGUCAGCAUUCAGAUCCCCACUGUCCACCGAGAUCUAGGGGUGGAGGAGGUGGAAGUGGUGGCAAGAACCAUCAGACUUUCGGUAGGUUGGGUGAGGAUUUUGAGGGCUCCCCGAGCUGAUCAGUUCAGUUAAAAUCACCGCACUCACCCCCUGACCAGGACGCCAGCUACCACACACAGACUGGGCUCUGCCACUCGGCUUUAUUAAAAUGGCUCCGAGUCUGUGAGCACAGCUUCAGAGUGCAGGCUGGGUCAGGCUGGCGCAUGACCAGCGCACCUCAGGAGACUUCCAACACAGGAGAAGCAAACUACAGACUGUGGGCACAGCACAGGACAGGACAAUCC